AUGGGAAAAGCGAGGUCUAAAACCAACGAACCGGCGGGAGACCCGGACGGUCGCGUAAGCGACGAACCCUCGAGAGACUGCAGUCCAAGUUUGAAACUGGUUCAGUUUAGGUUGUCAAGCAGCGAGCUCACAUUUCCGCCGAUCGUCAUCGUUAGAAUGGCCAAAUACGUAUUACUCGUCGGUCUUUGUUUGGUUGGCGGUGUCGCCGCCAUGCCAGCGAACAACGAACAACUAGAUAAAGCCACCGUCAAUGACGUUGCGAUCAAUUCUGUGAACGCGGACGAACAAAAAGCAGACGGCGGCUCGUCGGCGACGCAGCAGCAGCAAGCAGCGGUGCCCUCCACCGUAGAAAUCACCGGAAUCACCACCGGGAUCGGGGGUCCCGCAUCCGAGCCAGAAAACUCACCGAAACCACCACGAGUCGGCUCCAUGUUCGCCAGAUUCAUCGACGACAUCUUCCAAAUUCCCAUCACGGUUCUGCAGAGCGUUGCCCGACUGAUUACGAAUCCGUUUACCCAAGCGAAAAAAGACGCGACGAUAACAGCCACCGUGUCUUAGAAAAAAAAUGGUGAAGUGUACCUUAGGUUUCGGUUUCAGCUCUAGUGCCCAAAAGCGGACUUAUCCGAUUUCCCAGUCGUGUAUAUAUUAUGAUCCUGGUUUCGGUAGCCAGUCGGCGGUAGCGCGUAUAUGUUAGGAGUCUUGUUGAUUAUCUGUAAAGAGAUUUUUCAUUAUUAUUAAUAUUACUUUCGUUAGAA